AUCAUGGUUGGGUCUCAUGUUUACGUGGAAAACAUGGCGGCGGACUACCACCAAGGAGACAGUACAUAGAAGAAAGCGAGUGGUAGUGAACUGUUAGCCGGACAAGCAGAAAUCUAACCGCUGGUUUUUAAAAAUUUUCUCUGUGGUAUUUCUUAUGAAGCAGCCUCCCUCUUGUUUUCGCCACAGGGACAGCGGUAAUGGAAGACGAGGAGAGGCAAAAGAAGCUGGAGGCCGGCAAAGCAAAGUUGGCUGAGUACCGCCAGAGAAAAGCUCACGCAGAUUCUCAGAAGAAACAGAAAAAGAAGAAGAAAAAGAAGACAGCGGAGGACUCAGAGGGGGAUUCGCAGGGGAGGGUGGAGGUCGGGCCGGAUGAGUCUGUGGGAGGAGAGGAGGUCUCAGGUGGAGGACAAGAUGGAUCACAAGAAGGAAAUAAAGACCCACCCACCACAGAGUUUACCUUCGCAAGGACACUGCGGAGCGGAGAGACGGUUAAGCAUGACCAGACCUACACCAUAGAGCCAGAGAGUGAAGUGUCCACUACUGCUGAAGAUUAUUCCUCAGAGGUAAAUGGAUGCCUUGAUGAGAUGACAGAGAAUCUGUUGAUGUCUUCGAAGGAUUUUAUCUGGGAGGAGGUGGAGUCUCUGCAGCAGGUGACAAAGGGAGGUACGAUGCAGGAUAUGGAGGAUGCACUCGCCGCCAAGACCCAGGCAGUGGAGGAGCUGAGUCGAGAGCUUGAGGAAAUCAGGGCUGCCUUUGGUACAGAAGGAGUGCAGCAGCUGCAGGACUUUGAAGCUGCUCUGAAGCAGCGAGAUGGCAUCAUCACCCAGCUAACUGCUAACCUUCAGCAGGCUCGUGAGGAGAAAGACGAAAUCAUGAAAGAAUUCCUGGAGCUGACAGAACAAAGCCAGAAACUACAAAUUCAGUUCCAGCAGCUGCAGGCGGGCGAGACACUGAGGAAUACCAGCCACAGCAGCACAGCAGCCGAUCUUCUGCAGGCCAGGCAGCAGCUCGUCCAGUACCAACAGCAGCUGGAGGAAAUGAACGCGGAGGUCAGAAGGCACCAGGAGAAGAGCAGCGAACAGCUGGAGCACAUCAGCCACCUCCAGAACAAACUCAGCGAGAUACAGACGUCGGAGAGAAGAUCAGAAGAAUCAUUUACAGAAAGGAUAAACAAAAAGGACCUGCUGAUCGCUGAACAAGAAAAAGUAAUUGUAAGUCAGGAGCAGUCGCUGACACAGUUAAGAACGGCAGAGGAGUCUUUUACACAAACACUGAAAGAGAAAAAUCAGCUAAUUUCAGAGCAAACGGCAAUAAUCACUGAACAUGAGCGCUCUCUGACCCUGCUCAGAGAGGAACUUGCUCAUGUGGGAAGGACUACAGAUGAGAAUAUUGCACACCAGUCGGAUGAGAAGGACCUGAUCAUUGCAGAGCAAGAGAGGGUCAUCUCAGAACGUGACUGCUCUCUGACACAGCUGGAGGAUGAGCUUGAGUCCUCUGAAAAGCGUCAGCGUGACCUGCAACAACGAAUGGCUGCAAAAGAGUCGGAGCUUGAAAGGUGCCUGGAUGAGUUGGAGAGCACUAAGUCUGACUUAGAGCGCUGUAAGAGUGAGGUGGAAAGUUGCAAAUUAGAACAAGAAAAAGAGCGAGUGGAGUUGGAGAGUUGUAAGGGUGAACUUGCGACGUCAAGACAGAAAGAACGAAUGUCUUCCACUGAAAUCAUGCAGCUCAUGGGUACCGUAGAGGACUUGCAGAAACGCUGUCACCAGGGCAGCCUGUCGGAGAGCGACGCCAUCCAAAAAAUGCAGGAAGAGAGUGCGAGGGAGCUGGAGCGUCUCAGGGCAGAGCUGGAUGAGAUGUACGGCCAGCAAAUUGUCCAGAUGAAGCAGGAGCUUAACUUGCAACAUGCAGCGAGAGUGGAGCAAAUGACUGAGCAACAUAGCGCUGAGGUUGAGCUUCUAAGAGCACAACUGUCUCAAAGCUGCACUGCUAGCACUGUUGAGGUGGACACUUUCAACGCUAAGAUUAAAGAGCUUCAGCAGACAUUAGAACAAUCCCAAGCAAUGCACGAUAAAACCAUACACGAGCUAAACCAAGUCGCCCAAGAAAAGCUCAGCCUGCAGGUCAAGGUUGAGGAUCUUCUUCGAGAUCUUCGUUCCGCUAAAGAAAAAGUGGAGCUGGUCUCCCACAGUUUUAUCUCUCAGGAAAGCCAUCAAGGUGAGCUGCAGCACCUCCAGGAGAUGAUUGACAAUCUGAAGAGCGAACUGGCUGCUGCUCAGGAAGCUGCACAGGAGGCGGAAACGAAACAUGAGUCAGAAAUAACCAAUUACAAGAUCAAGUUGGAAAUGCUAGAGAGGGAGAAAGACGCCGUGCUGGACCGCAUGGCAGAGUCGCAGGAAGCGGAACUGGAACGGUUGAGGACUCAGCUUCUUUUCAGCCACGAAGAAGAGCUCACCCAUCUGCGAGAAGAACUGCAGAGGGAGAGCUUCCUGAACACAGAAAACCUUCUCAAUGAAGCUGCCGUGAAACACGAGAGAGCGCUGGACGAGCUGCGCGUUCGCUACGAAGAAGAACUGCACUUGUUACGAAGAGAGAAGGCAAGUUUCGCCACAGAGCGAGAUGAGCUUCUGCACCAAAUUCUUGGCCUUAAAGAAGAUAUGAAGCUAGCUUUGCACAGCUCUAAAGCGGACGAGCUCGUCCAGCAGCUCCAAGAGCUUCAGUUGGAGCUCGAGGAACUCAGGAAGGGAGGAGAGGAACGAGCCAGGAUGGAAAACGAAAUUCAGUCAUUACUAAAGAAGACAGAGGUGCUUGAAAAACAGACAAAAGAGAAAGAACAGUGCUGGGAGAACAAAUGGAAAGAGCAGGAAUUAGAGAAGAAGACGCUAAUAGAAUCUAAUAAUACUUUAAAAGAAGAGUUGGACUCAAAAAUAAUGGGAAUGGAGACACUCACAGAAGAGAAGGAACAAAUACAGCAACAAGUGGAUAUGCUUAGACAGGAAAUUGAAAAGCAGAGGACUACUUUCUCUUUUGGUGAAAAGAAUUUUGAGGUAAACUAUCAGGAGCUGAAGGAAGAGUACACGUGUCUCACUGAGGCAAAGGCGCAGUUAGAAGAGAGGACACUGAAGGAGACACUUGAGUUUGAGGCGAAAAUCGCCAGCCUUCAGUCACAGAUUCGAGAGCUGGAGAAGAGCAGAAGAGAAAUUAAAAUGGAAGACACUGAUACAGAUAGUAAAGCACUGAUAGAAAAAGAUACUACUGAGCUAAUGGAGAAACUUAAUGUUACUGUGAGUGAGAAGGAAAGCCUUGCUGGGAGGCUUUCUGAAGUUACAGAGCAACUGAUGUUUGCAGAGAGCAAAAUGGGACAGCUGGAAGAGGAGCUGAUGAAAGUGAGAAAGGAAAACGCAAAGGUCAUCGCCCAAAAUGAAAGCUUGGGGGAAGAGCUGGAAAAAAAACAAGAGAUUAUGAGAGAGCAGACGAGGGGGCAGGAUGUCCAAGGAAAAUCUAAGCUUCAGAAAGAAGAGCAAGCUGUUGAGUCAGUUUGUUCUUUUGAGGAUCAUCACCCUCAGAUUCAAUCUCUGCAAGAGGAGGUAAAGGCUCUUCAGUCCCUCUUACGGGCGGCUGAAGCUGAGAGAGACAGCAUCCGGCAGACCCUGGAGCUCCAGAGGCUCUCGCAGGCUCCGUCUCCAGUGCCAGUCCAGUCCUUGGGGGAGGGACCUGUUGAGGGACGAUCCUCCCCGCAAAAGCCCGCAGCCUCAGGGUCAAACAGGCGCAAGAGGAGGCAGAGGUCGAAGCAGGAGCGCAAACUGGGCACUCCUCUUUCAGACAGCAGAGGAGAGAGGCAAAGGGAGGAGGAAGAGGAGGCAGCAGCAGAGGAAGAGAGAGCCACAAGUGCCGCAGAGCGAGAGAUGCAGCCUCAGAUGGAGAGCCAGGUUAUGUCAUGUUCACAGGAGAGGGCCGGUAAGGAGGACUCCACUGACGGGUACCAGGGAGACGGAGGCAGAGACUACAUCAACAAACCGGUGAGCAGACAUGGGACAGGCGGCCACCACACGGAGCCUGCUGUGGGCCCCGGAGCAGUGGAAGGAGGAGAGACUACUGAGCAUGGUGAGUGCAGGCUGCGGAUGGAGGCCCAGCGCAUCAGCCUAUCUCAGAUGCACGCCGCCCAGCUCGAGCUGCUGCAGGAGGAGGCGGAUGCCCGCACACACUCUCUGGAGCUGAAGCUGCAAAACCGGAAAGAUCACGGUGACCUGGAUGAGCCAAAAAUCUUCAAAUAUCAGAACAUGUUACAAGCUGUGUCAGAGGAAUGCAGUGAGAUCAUUCUGUCUUUUCGCAAGAUGUUUGGUGAAGACUUUUUGAAGAGCGUUGAUGUGGGCCGACCUCCUCCUUCAGAGGAAAGACCAGAAACUACUGAAUCCACCUCCAUUGUACUGGAGGCCAGAGAGCUAUACAGAGAUCUUCAGCAGGUGAGGGAGAGGAUUGAGCAGGAACACCACCGACUCUCACAGCUCCAGGCUCUGCUGAGAGCUGAUGGGAACAAGAUGAUGGAGUUGCAGAUGGCGUACGAUGAACUGAAGAGCAACAGUGAGAAGGAGAUCUCUGACCUGCGUGUGCAGGUCGCCAGCUUAAGCCCUUCCUCAGGCAAAGAUUCAGAGGAGCAGGCUGAUGCACCAUCUACCUUAACCACAGAAUUACAGUGGCUGAAGGUUGAGGCUCAGGAGAAGCAGCUCCAGCUGGAGGAGAGUCACAGACAAGAGAUGGAGCAUCUCAGAGCUCACUACCAGCAGCAGGCCAAUGAGACCGAGGAGCGUUACGCCACCGAGCUCUUCAUGCUGCAGCAGCGACUGCAGGAGGUCAUGGGCACCGAGACCCACUACAGCCUGUCCACUGUUCCAGAGUCCAGCUCUGAGAGGAUGGAGGAGCACAGCGAGGAGCUAAAGCACCUGGGUGAAGAGGAGUUGUCAGAGGGAGGUGUGGAGUCACGUUGGUCUCCCAGGUCCGCGGGCCUGACGGCGCAGCUGCAGGCGCUGAGGAAAGCGCUCUACCACAAGUAUGUCCAAGAAGUAGCCGCUCUAAAAGAGCAGCACAGCAGUGAGCUGAGGAGACUGAGAGAGGAGAGGGAGCAGGAGAGGAAAAGAGAGGAGAGACAGGAAGACAGAGGGCAGGAUCUCAACGGUAUCAACAGUGCAAGGAGCUCCACUGAGAGCCUCGGGGCUGCCGGACAGGUCGUACUGGAGGAGAAACAACACUGGGAGAGAGUGGAGGAAGAAGUUGCCAAAGCCAUUGUUCAGAUGUCAGUGGAGUUUGCGCAGCAGACUGAGCUGGCUCGAAUCAACAAACGCACCUGCCAGACGAGCACCUCCAUGCAGACCCAGUGGGAUGAAGAGGAGGUGGAGGAGAGGGAGUACGAGGAGCCGACUCCCAGACCAUCUCUUACCCCGUGCGCCUGGCUGGAGGAGGUGGAGAGGGAGAGGCUGGAAAGGGUGCUGGAGGAGAGGAACGCCGAGAUCCGAAAAUUAAAGCAGGAGCUGCUGAAAACUGAAGCGGCGCCUGAUCAGGCCUUAAAGAAGGGAGAGGACGAUCAGGAAGAAGCUGCGGAAGAAGAAGAUCCAGGCGGGCCGGGAAUUAAACAGGCUCAUGCGCACAGAUCGUCAUCGCAGGAUGAUGGAGAGUCCUCCAACAAGGACACUGAAAGAGACCUGCUGCGUAAAGCCAACGAGAAGCUCAGUCAGGUGCUGGUUGACGUCCUGAAGACAACGGCAGCAGCGGAGGAAACUAUGGGCCUCCACAUGCAAAGUCUGCACCAUGCUUCCAGUGGAGCGCAGCAGGCUGCACUGCCCCACUCCACCUCACACGAUGCAACGUGGCAGAGAGUUAACACACAGCCUGGCGGGCCUUACACUGCAGGUCACGCUGCAGAAGGCAGCCAGGGCGGUGAGAGCGGUGCAGAUGAUGUGAGUUUGUGGUCUGGGGAGACGGAGGCUGGCGAGGGUCUGGAGGUGUCCCAGCAGAUGAUGGACAGCCUGCUGCUGGGGGCGGGGACACAGUUGGAGAACGAGGAGUAUCUGAUGGGCAUCAGCAGCAGACUCCAAACGGCUCUGGAGAAGAUGUUGAUGGCCAUCACCGACACCACCAAUCAGCUUGAACAUGCCCGGAUAACCCAGACUGAGCUGAUGCGGGAGUCCUUCCGCCACAACCAGGAGAUGAGCGAGCUGCUGCAGAAGCAGGAUGAGCUGCAGGACAGGUUGUCCGAGGAGGCUCGGGCACGAGAAGAGCUGGCUCUGGAGCUUCACCGCGCUGAGGGUCUGAUCGAUGGGUACACGGGUGAACGGGCUGCGUUGGAGGAGCAGUUGCGUCAGAAGGAAGAGCUCCAGCUGAGCCUCGAGCAAGAGCUGCAGGUUACAAGUAGCCGGCUACACGAGUUGGAGCAGGAGAGGCUUCAGAUGCAGGAAGAGCGAGAGCUGCUGUCACGGCAACAGGACGCUAUGAGGGAAGACGCUGGUCCCCGUGAGCUUCGCCUAGUUGAAGCUGCAAUGGUUGCAGCACCUGAAGCAGACCUGCUGGAGGAGACGGAGAAGCUGAUGAAAGAGAAGGUGGAGGUCCAGCGUCAGGCAGAGAAGGAGAACUCGGACCUCCUGAAGCAGGUGAAGCUGCUGGAGGCGGAGCUGGAGGAGCAGGUCAACAGGGUGAUCGAGCUGGAGCAGGCUCAGAGGACAGAGAGCGGAGACCUGCGGCAACAGGUCCAAGCUCUGGAGAAACAGCUAGAGAAGAACAGGAGGUUCCUUGAUGAACAAGCUGUGGACCGAGAACACGAGAGGGAUUUCUUCCAGCAGGAGAUCCAGAAACUGGAGCAGCAGCUGAAGAAUCCACAGAAGCCUCAGCCCGGCUCUGAGCAAAGAAACCAAGAGGUGGACCAGCUGACCUCCCAGCUGAAGGAAAAGGCGGAUUGGUGCAGUGAGCUGCUGCUCAGCUCAGAGCAGCUGCGUCGUGAGUUGAAGGAGCGCGACGAAGAGAUUGACAAACUGGAGAGCCGCAUCCGUGAACUGGAGCAGGCCCUGCUGGCCAGCGCUGAAUCCCUGGAGAAGGUUGAACAAAAGAAGCAGCAUGCAUCCAUCACAGAGACCAGACACUCCACACUGGAGGCUCAGCUACAGACAGAGAGAGAAGCUCUGGAGCGGAAAGAGAAGGAGAUCUGUAACCUGGAGGAGCAGCUGGAGCAGUUCAGGGAGGAGCUGGAGAACAAGAGUGAGGAGGUGCAGCAGCUUCACAUGCAGCUGGAGAUCCAGAGGAAGGAGAUCAGCAGCCAGCAGCAAUACUUAGAAACAAGGGACAGCAUACUUCAGGUGAUGGAGGAGAAGGACAGGGAAAUAGCACUUCUUAAUGAACAGAUCACUAAGCUUCAACACAUGGAAACAGCCUCAGAUAACAAGGAAAUUGAUGAGCGGGAUGAGCUGAUAAAAGACCUGGAGUCCCAGGUGGAGUGCCUGAGGAGUGAGCAAGAGCGCUUGAAGAGGAAUAACGAGGAGGAGCUUGACCAACUGAAUGCAGUCAUAGACAAACUUCAGCAGGAACUGGCCAACAUUGAGCAGAAACAGGCUGCAGAGGAGGACGAGGACAUCAAGGGUGAGCCAGAGAGCGGCGUGUGGGGGCCAAGUAAAGAGGAGUACGAUGAAAUGAAGCAGAGAAUGGACUUGGCCACCAAAGAGCUCGAUACACUGAAAUCAGAGCACAGCAAGCUGCUGGAGACGUAUCUGCACUUGAAAGAGAAUGCAGAAGCUUUAGCUGAAACAGAAAAACUGGAUAGUUCAGAGGGCGAGCUCAAAGAAGCGCUCAGAGAGAAAACUGCAGGACUUGUAGUCAUGCAGGCCCAAGUGCAAGCUCUAGAGCAGAGCGCAACGUCCAGGGUGGAGGAGUUAGGGCUCCGUAUCCGGGAGCUCGAGGACUUGCUGGGUGAAAGAGACAGUGAGUUGAGCAGCUGUCGCCUCCUUGUGGAGCAAACACAAAGCUUUGCAGAUGGUCUCCAGCAGAAGGUCUCCAAGCUGGAAGAAAAUCUGAGGGAGAAAGUGGCUGUAGCACUGGUCAGCCAAGCCACGCUGGAGGCCUUCCAGCAGCAGCAAUCACAAGGAUCCAAAGAAAACCAGGACCCACAGAGCCAGGCAGAGCCAAAUGUGAAACCCAGCACAGAGCCCCAUGUUCACGACUUCGGUUACUUUGGUAUUCCCCAAAUGGAUUUCAGCGGACUCGGUCAAGCGCGACAGGUUCCCACAGGGAAGGUGGUCCAUCUGACCCAGAAGCUUCGGGACCUGGAGGUCGGACUCAGCGGGAUGCAGAAAGACCAGGAGCUCCAGAAACAGCUGCUCUCCAGCUCUGAGGAGGAGGUGCUAGAGUACGAGAGGAGGCUGGCUGUGCUCAUGGACCUGCUCAGCCAGAUGAAAGCCAGGACUCACCAGAGGACUUCAUCCAGAUUUGGAGGUAAAAGUUCAGUCAAUAAGUGUAAAAACAGUUUGACCUUUCAGGGUCAGCAUAUAACGUCCUCUGCUGAUCACCAGCCGUCUGUGUCUGAGCUUCUUGAGGAGUUGGAGGAGGUCAAAGAGGAUACGUCAGCCACCAAACAGCAGCUCGACGGCUACAAGGAGAGCUGCAGCAGACUCCAGGAGGAGCUCCAAGAAAAGACACUAACGAUAGAGAGACUACAGGACCAGCUUCAAAAGGCAUCAUCCAGUGGCAGUGAAGAGGUCAAGCUGUCAGAGCUUCAACAGGAACUCAUGGAGGCUCGAGACGAGGCAGCAGCCACCAAAGAGGAGCUGAACAGCUGCAAGGAGAGCCUGGAGAAGCUGCAGGAGCUGCUGCAGGAGCGGGAAAUGACCAUUGCUCACCUUAAAGGAGAACUUUUCCAGGUAAAAGCUGAAGAAGAAAGAGUCGACAGGACAGAGCUUCUCCAGGAGCUCCAGGAGGUCAGAAACGAUGUGGCAUCCACCAAAGAAGAACUCAACAGCUACAGGCAGCUUAAGGAGAAACUGCAGGAGGAGCUCCAAGUCCGUGAACUGUCUAUUUCUAAGCUCAAAGAGGAGCUGCAGGAGCUGAGAAGGAAUGUGGACACCACCAAAGAAGAGCUCAACAGCUACAAGCAGCACAAUGAGAAACUCCAGGACGAACUGCACGUCCGUGAAUUGUCUGUUUCUAAGCUCAAAGAGGAGCUGCAGGAGGCACGAACCGCUUUGAUGAAGACGGCAGACUCUAGUCCUCCAUCUCCUUCUCCCUCUCCCUCUCCCUCUCCGUCUCCUCAGCCUCAGUCCUCUGCUUCUUCCUCCUCCAUCACCCAGCCCAAGAGGAAAGGAGUCAAACAGCCAGCUGGUAAGGGCAGCAGUGCCAAAGAUAAACCAUCACUGUCCAGGAAAAACUCUGCUGCUUCCAGCCAGUCCUCAAACAGAUCUCACAGCUCGCGGCUGAACAGCAGCUCAGAGCAGCAGCAGCACAUGGCUGUGACGGACUCGUUCACGCAGACCGAACCCCUCCAAAUGUCCGACCUCAGUCCGGAAGACAUGUCCGCCACCAAAGAUGAGAUGGACGAGGUGAUCGGGAAGUUUCAGGAGAAGAUCGUGCAGAUGCAGGAGCUCCACGCAGCGGAGAUCCUGGACAUGGAGGCUCGGCAUAUUUCUGAGAGUGAGAACCUGAGGAGGGACACGAACGCUCUGGAGGACGAGUGUAAAGCCCUCAAGGCCGUCAUUGACAAACUGCGCUCUACUGAGGCCCCCACAUCAAGACAAGACCGUCCUACACCACAGUUCAAAGAUGGAUACACCAGUGACAGCAGCUCAGACUACAGCCAGAGGACUGGAUAUGACGUCCCGAGCUUGCAGCAGGAGUUCAGGACGACUCCAGAAGGCGCCAGGAGAGACACUGAUGAUCCACUUCCUGACCGCAUCAAGAUGUUGCUCCGUGAGGUGCACCAGGAGGGCAUGCAGGUGCUGUCUCUGUCCGAGCUUCCUAUCUCUGAAGGUGAGCAGGGCGGCCAGUUCAACGUCCAAGGCUGGGUGAAAGAAAGAGACACUUUGCUCGCAACCGUGGAGUCUCUCAAAGGCCUCAUCACUCAGAUGCAGACUCACAGGGAAACACAGACGUCGGGUAGCGUGGACUGGCGUGCGGAGCUCCUGGAUGCAGUACGGCAGGUGUUCCUGAGGGAGCGGAGCGUGCUGAAGAACGCCCUCUACAGCCAGUUAGACCUGCUGGACACCAGUGACGCCAUCAUCCACCUCAAUCAGCUGGAGCGCAGACUGGCUGAACAGGAUGCCCAGCACAGAGACGCAAUGGGUUCACUCCACACCGCAGAGAGGUCCAGUCUCAUCUCUGAGAUUCAUCAGCUCCGUGGUCAACUAGAGCAACUCCAUCAAGGUGUCCAGCCAGCAGCGUCUUUGGCUGGUGAACGCAGCCUGAGGGAGCUGAGGGAGGGAGGAGGAGCAGAUGGAGCAGCGGAGGCUGACAGGCUGCUGGUGGAGGAGCUGAAGGUUGAACUGUCCCAGACUAAACUAGAGCUGGAGACGACGCUCAAGACUCAGCACAAACACCUCAAAGAGCUGGACACACUCAGGGCAGAGGUAUCAAAGAAGGCUGCUGAGGUGGAUGCACUCAGUGACCAGCUGACAGAGGAGAGGAAGAGAAGCAGAGACCUUCAGUGGGCUGUGGAAAAGGAGAAAUGUCGAACUGGAAGAACUGAGGAGAGUAAGAGAGAAGAGCUGGAGGACCUUCACCUCAGUCUAGAGGAGCAGAAGAGCCGUUUGGCCCAGCUGACCCUGACCCUGGACCAGGAGCGCCAGGCCUCCUCCCAGCUCUCCCAGCAGGCCGAGCAGGAGCACCUGAGUCUCCACAGACGCCUCCAGGAGCUUCAGGUCCAGCUGGAAACGGAGCGAGCCAAGGCCCAGGAGGUGAGCGCCGCGCUGGGGAGGGAGAGGGAGCUGCGGACUGGCAUCUCCUCCGACAACGGCGCCUUCGGUGAAGAGCGCGUCGAGGAGGACAGCAGGGGGCUCGAAGAGGAAGGGAGUCUGCUAGAAAGGCUGCAGAGGGAGCUGGAUGACAAGAGUGCACAGGUUGUACAUCUCCUCAGUCAGGUGGAGGCCCAGAAGCUCGAGGUGGUGCGGAAAGAGGAGGAGCUAACUUUGGCGAGUCAGAGGUCGAGACGGGACCAGGAGGCGCUGCUGGAGGCUCGGGCCCAACUGGAGAGCCUGGAGGCACGAAUUUUGGAGACACAGGAGCAGCUGGAGAGAGAGAUGGAGAGGAGGAAGAGCCUGGAGGAGGAGAAGGAGAGACUGGAGGAGAGGUUAAACAGAGUAGGAGAGCAACAGCAGGCUGACAGCCACAAUCAGGCGGCAUGGCACAGCGAGUCCACCGACCGCACCAAAGACUGGGUGUUCCAGCAGAAGAGUGGGAAUGUUCAGUCUGCCAGCUCCAGCAUAUCCCCCCACCUGGAGGUCUCGCCGACAGGUCACACCAGCGGACCACAUCAUGGUCCUUGGCACACAGUCGACAAGAUCGUGGGCAAACUCCACCUCGUUUCCUCGAAGAUCCGCAGCAUGGCGAGCAAAAAUACCGGCAGGCUGACUGCAGAGGUCGACAGUGAAGAGCUGUCCUGGGUGCAGUCCAGUGUUGAUGAGGUCAUCACCAUGCUGCAGCAAUCCCCAGGUCUACCCUCCGUCCCUGAGAGUGUGUCCCUGCUGGCAGGAGGCUCCUCCAGCUCCUCCAACUCCCUGACGGAGCGGCUGCUGAGGCAGAACGCCGAGCUGACAGGUUUUGUCAGCCGUCUGACCGAAGAGAAAAAUGAUCUGAGGAAUCACACGCUCCGUUUGGAAGAAGAGCUCCGACGUUACAGGCAGGCUGGACUGGGAUCAGGAGACAGCGGACAUAGCAGCAGGAGAGGAGUGUCGAAGAUGGACUCAGGCAGUGUGCUGCUUUCCCAGGAGCGGGAGGCUUGGACCCGAGAGAAGUUCCGUCUAGAAAAAGCUUUACAUCUGGCUCAGUCCCAGGUGGCCCGACUCAGGGGAGAGAUCAGGAGCGACACCCUGCGAGAGAUAACAGGACCCGAGGCUGAUAAUGCUGCACUGAAGAGGAUGUAUGGGAAGUACCUGAGGUCAGAAAGCUUCCGCAAAGCACUGAUCUACCAGAAAAAGUAUCUGCUGUUAUUGCUGGGAGGCUUCCAGGAGUGCGAAGAGGCCACGUUGUCGCUGCUCUCCAGGAUGGGCAGCCGGCCGUCGCUCUCCAGCCUGGAGUCCCUCAGCCAGCGCCGCCGGGGCCUGAUGCGCUUCCGAUCUGCCGUCCGAGUCUCUAUCGCCCUCUCCAGAAUGCGUUUCCUUGUGAAACGAUGGCACAAGGCGACAGGGAUGAGCUCCACAACCUCCUGCACUGUCAACAAGAAUGGAACAGGACAGACAUUAGGUACAGAGGUGAGAGAUUCACCAUAUCUUCACCCAGGAAGCAUGGAGAUGUACAGAGAAAGAGGCGGUGGAGGAGGAGUCUCCAGCGGCAGGGGGAGAAGUGGACGGGAAUCCCCUCGAUCAGCCGUCUCCUCCACACACCACAGGUUUCACUUGGCUGGAGACCACGGAGCUCUCACCUGUUCACACCUGCAGAGCUACGACCCCGACCGAGCGCUCACUGACUACAUCUCCAGACUGGAGGCCCUGCAGAGGAGGCUGGGGAGUGUGACAUCAGGUGCUUCUUCAUACGCUCAAUUGCACUUUGGCUUGAGAAGAUAGAUACUGACAAGUUACUUUGGCUUGAAGAAACUCAGUUGCCUUUUCUCGUGCUGAGCGCUCUGCUGUUUUCUAUCAUUCUGGUGUGGACUGUAUCUUUCCAUGUGGACCAAAACACAAAACAUUUUUUAUCAGUGUACGACAUGUUGUAUUCAGGCUUUUUUGUCGCCAGCACUUGAAAAACAGCUAUGUUUGUAAUUUAAUCUGCCUCUUUGUUGUGGAUGAACUACAAUCAUGUAUAUUUGUCUAAUGCUAAUUUAAGACCUUGUGAUUAAUUUAUAUGUUUGUGUUGUAUGGGUGGAGCGUUACGUAGAGAAUGUUUGGGUUUAUUGUUAAGGAGGCUGCUACUGGAUAUCCUACACUACACUGUGUUUUGUUUAGGCCGGACAGACUACAGACGACAUUUGUAGAGAACGUAUUUUUGUAAAGCGUAGGAGCUUUGAAUUUUCUGGGUAUUUUGUCAAAAACUGAAAUAAAGAGGAAUACAUUAUUUGAAA